AUGAUCAUACGACGUCUAUCGACACAUCGAUUUCCUCAUCCAUUGAGAAUCCUAGGUAUCGAAACAAGUUGUGACGAUACAGCUGCAGCUGUUGUUGACAGUGAACGAACCAUUCUGAGUGAAGUAUAUCGAAGUCAAUUGAAAUAUCAUCAACCGUGGGGUGGAAUUGUACCAAGUAUCGCCAAAAAGCAUCAUUAUGAAAAUCUAGUACCAGUCGUUGCUGAGACGAUGAAAGAUAUCGAAUGGAAUUCUAGACAAUUGCCGCGAUUGCCACAAGUGUCAAACCAGGUCUGGUGA